CCAGUUUCCAAGAUGCACUUGUGUUUGACAGCAGCAGUCAGAAGAACAACGGAUCGGUGCCGCAGGAGAACGGCAUCAAGAAACACAGGCUAAACACAUUGCAAUCCUGAGAUCCUCUGGCUAUGAAAACCGGAACACGUCCACAUACAAUGAUACAACUCUGCCAUGGACCGGCUCCGUCAACACCGAAACUCCAGCUCCUGGGACUGCCGCAAAACAACCUAAGGCCCAGUGUGUUCUUCAGGGUGCAAAACCCAAAACGUCAGCAACCUCCACCCUCUGUCUGGGCACAGCUGCAUCACGGCGUCUCAUCGGCAGGGAUAAGGUGAAGGCUCCGGUGAGCUCGACUCCCCGUAAAGGAGCCCUGGUCAGUGGUUCACAGGGGCAAAUACGGUGCUCGCCUGUCCCCCCCCUCUUCUACCUGAGGACCUGCUGCCGGCCAACAGGUUGGACAUCUUAGUCUGCAGGAAUUCCCUCCUGUGGGCCCAGGCUUCAACCCACCACCUUCACCCAUACCUCCGACCAGCUGUGGCUCUCAGCUGACCAAGGAUGCCCAGCCGGGCCCCUGUCGACCACCUGCAUCAGGAGCAGCCGUCGCCUAGCAACAUCAACAAAAGGCUCCGUCAGGUCUGCGUACCCAGGACGUCAUUACCCGCGCCCAUGUUUUGCAGAAACAGCCUCGGUGUCUGGAGCAUCCUGAAGAAAUGCAUCGGAAUGGAACUCUCCAAGAUCACGAUGCCCAUCGUGUUUAACGAGCCUCUGAGCUUCCUGCAGAGAAUCACAGAAUACAUGGAACACACAUACCUCAUCAACAGAGCCUGCUCGAUGCCCGACUCCAUAGAACGCAUGCAGGCAGUAGCUGCUUUUGCCGUGUCAGCAGUUGCAUCUCAGUGGGACAGAACUGGAAAGCCCUUUAACCCUUUGCUGGGAGAGACCUAUGAACUCACCAGAGAUGAUCAAGGUUUCCGGCUGGUAUCGGAGCAGGUAUCCCAUCAUCCCCCAGUCAGUGCCUUCCACGCAGAAAGUCUGGUCGGAGACUUCGUCUUCCAUGGAUCCAUCUACCCCAAACUCAAGUUCUGGGGGAAGAGCAUCGAGGCUGAGCCUAGAGGAACCAUCACACUAGAGCUGCUCAAGCACAACGAGGCGUACACAUGGAGUAACCCUUCCUGCUGCAUACACAACGUCAUCAUAGGCAAACUAUGGAUAGAACAAUAUGGCACAGUGGAAAUAGUCAACCACAGCACUGGAGAUAAGUGCGUGUUGAAUUUUAAGGCAUGUGGGUUGUUUGAGAAAGAGCUGCAUAAAGUGGAGGGAUACAUCCAGGAUAAGAAUAAAAAGAAGCACUGUGUCAUCUAUGGGAAGUGGACUGAGUGCAUGUGGAGCGUCGACCCUCAGGCCUACGAGGCUCACAAGAAGUCGGAAAAAAGAGGAGACAUCAAGAAGCACAAACAUGAGGAGCAGCAGGGAGCCGAGAACGAUGAUGCAGAUGAUAUGCCUGAAGUCCAGGAGACGGUUUCUGUUGUACCAGGAAGCACUUUGCUGUGGAGGAUAGACUCCAGACCGGAACACUCUGCUGCGAUGUACAACUUCACCAACUUUGCAAUGUCGCUCAAUGAGCUGGAGCCCGGCAUGGAGGCCAUCUUGGCCCCCACAGACUGUCGCUUCAGGCCUGACAUCAGAGCCAUGGAGAAUGGCAACAUGGACGAGGCCAGUAAGGAGAAGGAGAGACUGGAGGAGAAACAGCGAGCUGCCCGCAAGGAGAGAGCCAGGAGUGAGGAGGAGUGGUCUACAAGGUGGUUCCAGAUGGGCACUAACCCGUACACCAACUCCAUGGGCUGGCUGUACACCGGCGGCUACUUCAAUAGGAACUACAAAGACCUGCCUGAUAUCUACUGAUAGCCUGCUGGCCUUCAUUUUCCUCCUCUUCCUCCUCUAUAACCUGCUAUGACCUGCCUGUCAGGAAAUGGAGAGAAAUGCUAGAAUCCGCACACCACCUUCAUCGCACUGCCUUCAUCACCAUCACCUUUAAACGGACCGACAGAUUGACAAGCAGCUGCGACCUGCUCGACAUCCGCCGAGUCGUCAGGUCUUUUUAUCUCCACUUCAGUCUCCUUCUCGUCAUCUUGUGUGAUCACAUCACACUGCAACCAGCAGGCGUUUCCCAUCUCUCUGCCCCGGCAUCGUUUAGAGCACAAGAACCAUUUUAUCCCUGAUAAAUUGCAGCGGCAGAGAGCUGGUACGUGUGAAAUGGCGGUUAAACAAACCCACAAACUCACAGAUCAAACCUGAAUGUUCUUUACAAUCAAACUUUCUCCUUUGAAAAACCACCCACAAGGCAGGACGGCAACAUUUAAAACCGUCACAUAUUACAUUAAGGAGUGUGAGUAGAAAAAAAACAUGAAGUAAAACAUAAUGAUCACAUGGAUGGAUGUAUGGAUCUGGACAGUCAGUCAACAGGGGAAUCAGGGAUGUGAAUGCUCCUUUGACUGAAGAUGAACCUUGAGGAUGCUUUUUCUUUUUUUUCUUUUUUUUGAAUACUAAAUAUAAAUAAUAACAGUUGACAUUGUGCUCUUUGAGGAACAAAAUUAGAAAGAAAUAAUGUUUGUUGAAUUGGUCAAGAUGAAUUGAAUGCAAGCCUGAGCUCAUUAUCGUCCACUAAAACAUUUAGUAUCCUCCGUUACCCUCCCAUCAACCUUCUGCUUGAGUUUAUGUAUUAAAACAACGUCAAGACAACUGGCGGAAAGCCGACGUUUCCUCGACAGAAGGGUGGGAUGUGCAGCUUGAGUGGGAUCAUUUAUGCAGCUUGAUAACUGGCUGACUUUACUUAAGUCAUAGCUGAGAGUUACUGAUAUUAAAAACAGUCAAUUACAGAAUACCUGAUGUUUCAGCCUCCUGUUUUUAAAUCUUUGCGAGAAAAUGCAGAAAAGCUCUCAUGCUCAAAGCAAAUUUAAGGAACAGUUGUUUCCCCUCCACAGGCAGGUCAGAGGUCGGGGUCAAGGACACCUCAGCAGGUGUGUGAGCUUUAAUAUAAUAAUCAGAUUUAAGUAGUAAUAACUUCUUACAAAACCAUCCUGCUGGCCAUGUUAACUACAUGGAGAAGGUGGAUUAGCUGUGUGAAUGAUGGGAGUUUGACCAUGUGAACCCUUAGGAUUUACAUUCAUAUGAAUCUCUCACAUUAUAGCAGGAUUACAAAAGCAAACAGUCAUGUCAGUGUAAUAUAAGGCAACGUGCAACGCUAGAUAUGAUGCUGUCCGGCUGGGCUGGAUGUUAAAGAACGGAUAGAUUACUGAACAGGCGCAGAAGUCACCUACAAAAUGUCAUGUAAAGAAACAUAAAAUGACUAUAAAGUGACACAAAAGACUCAAGAACUCUUUUCCAUCAAACAUGGAACCAUUUCCAAAAGUUGGCUCUCAGCUUUUCUUAACCUGAAGUGCGAACCGUGACGACAUCAGUGUGCGUUUUAUAUUUACAAAUUGAAAGGAGAGGAUGGAAAAGGCAACAGUGGAGAAAUCAGUGUGCAGUGGACUGAUAUUUUUACCAAAAUAAAAAGCUUGGACAGCUAUUGAUAUCUGUGAUGAAAGAACAAAAGCUUGCAGGUAAUCAGUGCGAUUCGCCAUUUUGCUGAUACUGUUCACUUCCACUGUGCAUCGCCACAAGAAUCCUAAAUGGAACCAGUUCAAGAAACAGAGCUUAUUUGGUGGAAAAGAGACAAAACAUCAGUUUUUUAGUGUCUCUUCUGGUCUGGGUGUCUUGCUCUCACACAGAGAUGUGGGGCCUUUAACAUGUCUGAGUCCAGGGCCCUGUUGUCUCGUAAGCCAUCCGUUGUUUUUCUUCUGACACUGAUUGUAGAAAAAAAGGUGACCUGCCACAUAUUAACAGUGAGUUUCACCCCAAAACUAAAUUUUAUUAAAAAAAAAUAAAAUAAGGAGUACUCGAAUGAAUGUUAGUACACAGAAAGAAAGUAAAGACACUCCUGAGAGGGACUGUCCACAGCUCUGCGGCGGACAGGAGAGCGAAACAGCUGAGCACACUGGAUAUUAAGUAUUUGUACAGAAACUCUGAACUCGGUGAGUCGUCAACAUCCUGCGCACAGUGAUAAAUAAUCCCUUUACCUGUUGCUUUGCUCUAUUUGAAGCAGAUACAAAUCGGAGGUUGCGUGGCUCGUUUGUAUAAAACCAUGGUUUGUUUCGCAUCAGAAUUUAAAUUAAAUAAAUGUAUCAUGACCUUGUUACUAUAAUACACAAAUCCUUCACCCGACCUGCAGACCUGUGUGCACUGAUGAGGAUGUGACUGUGAGAAAACGACUAGUUUGAAGAGCUUUUGUGGAGUAAAAAACAAAGAAAAAGAGCCUCUCAGUUGUUCUCCUUUCAAUAACAGGAGAAACAUCUAUCGAGCUGCCCUAGUUAGUCCUAGAAACAUUAUUUUUAAUACGUUUCCCCACAUUUUCCUGCAUUGUGUUUCCUGCAGUUUAAAAGUCACGUUUUCAUCAGUGCAUUUAGGAGCUGCGACGUAUUUCACAAAUUCUAUGCAACUUUUGCACCUCAACAUGAACAAUACAUGUCUGAUAUGUUAUUGUACAGCAGCUUUACAUCCUCCCCUCACCCCCAACACACACACACACACACACACACACACACACACACACACACACACACACACACACACCUUUAGCCUCUCAUCUGUAGUCAGAUGUAUCUCCAGCUAAUGAUUUUGCCUUCUUAGUUUCUUAAUAUAUUCCAAAUAAUUGGAAAUAAUUAGAACUUUUGGGGACUACACAUCUUGGACCAACUUAACUUUUCAUUUGUGUGUUUUUUUAAAUUUAUUUCCAUGUCAUGCUUAAUGCCUUCUUUUUUUCGUUCCCGUGUUUGUUUUGUGUCUUUUAAUUUAUGUGUAUUAUUUAUGAUGUUUGAGGUUUUAUGAAAUACUUCUUUUGUCAUUUUUUUUUCUUCUUUUGCUUAUGUAGCUAAUUCAAACAGCUCUUGAGUUCUUUCACUUAAACAUGGAUCUGUUUCUUAGAGGAACAGAGCGUCUAAUCGGGGCUUGAAGUGAGCAUCAUUCACCAGCUUGUACAUUGUACCGUGGCUGUUGCUUCUGUCAGAUUACUAGCCGGUGCAGCGUGUAGGUAGAUUUGUCAUUAAUAAUUGAAACACUACUUGAGUUGAAGUUUACACAGGUCAAAUGCUACAAAUGAACAAACCUAUAGUUGAAAACAAGUUUUUGACCAUGAUGUAAUUUCAGCUAUUGAAUGGUCCACGCAGCGAGUAAACAUGGAGCGGUGUCAUUCACCAGUGCUGAUUCAGACUCCACCAGACUAACGUUACGCCAUUGAACUAGAUCUGUGUUGCUUUGAGUGUCGUUUCUUUCUUAUAAAAAUGUCUUUUGUUGAGUUUGACUCUCCUUCUCUUGGGCUGUGUCACGGGGUUGUCGAUGUUCUGUAUGAGUACAAGUGCUGCACAGAAAUAAUCACAAGCAAAAUGGCAUAUUAUUUUGUGCAACUGAUUUAUUUUUAUAGUAUUUAAACCGUUUUUGGUGAGAACAUUGUACCAGAUGUUUUAUUUUGAGGUGGGGGAGUGUAAGGGGUCAUAUCCAAUCUGUGGACAUCUUGGUAGAUUAAUGAGGGGGGAAAUGUCUACUAAUAAAAUCCUAAUUUCAGUUUA